AUGGGAACGAUUGCCCACAAGGAUGAAGCUCUCCAGCAGAGUCUGGAUCAACUCGUAUCUGCUACGAAUCAAUACCAGAAGAGCUUCUCAGAUGCAGAUCGAUACAACGUAUUGAUGAAUGCAACGCAAUUGAUCCAGACCUUACGUGGUCCGGCAGAUAUGCUUUAUGCGCAGUUCGAAAAUGCUGCCAACACAGGAGCCAUAAGAACACUUUUGGACGCUGGUGUAUUUGAAGCGAUCCCUACCGGAGGCAAGAGUAUCUCAGCUACUGAGAUAUCGGAGAAGACGGGGAUGGAUAAAGAAUUGAUUGUUCGACACAUGCGCGCUGCCACUCCAGUUGGUCCCUUUCGUGAGGUUGGAGAGGAGCAAUACGCCCAUACACCCUUCUCGGAAAUCUAUCUUGUUCCGCAAAUGCGGGCAGUCUACACCUCAAUGAUGCACGAUUUCGUCCCCGCUAUGAUACGAAAUUGCGAUUUUCUCCGUCAAAAGAACUGGAAGAACGAAAUCACUCUUCGCAGCAACCCCUAUUCAUUGGUUCACGACUGCGAGGGCAAGACCGCGUUUGAGCAUCUAUCCGCAAAUCCCAGCAACUUCCGCCGCUUCAACGAAUCUAUGAAGGCAGCGGAUUCAACCCUAGUCACAAUGGGUCUGUAUCCAUUUACUCAGGAGCUAGGUCCCCUGGCGAGCGAUGAUACAGUAACUCUGGUUGACAUCGGCGGUGGUCGAGGCCACGUUAUUCGGCAAAUCAAGGAGACUGAGCCCGAACUCAAGGGCCGAUUUAUUCUUCAAGACCAGGCGAGCGUAAUAAAAGAUAACGGUGACGAGAUUCAAAGGCAUGGGAUCGAGGCCAUGGGACAUGACUUUUUCAAACCACAGCCGAUCAAGGGUGCUUUGGCUUACUAUAUUCGGCGCUGUCUUCACAACUGGCCCAACGACGAGAGUCAGAAGAUCUUAUCUAACUUGGCUGGAGCCAUGGAUAAGGAGAAGUCUCGCGUGCUGAUUACUGAGCAUAUUGUGCCUGAUGUCGGAGGAACGAUGUUCCAUGCCUGGAUGGAUCAGACAAUGAUGACCUUUGGUGGCCUCGAACGGACGAAGAAGGAUUGGGCUCAUCUCUUGGAUAUUUCGGGGUUGGAGUUGGUCAAGAACAGAGUAGACACAUAUAAGACGCUAGAAUUUAGAGGCAAGUUUGGCUAUUCGAGAAUGCUGAUUGAUCGGUUGUAG